CGAAUUGGCAACAUUUGGUGGCAGUCAAACAUGUUUCGCUUUGAUCUUUAAUAUUAUGCACUAUAUAGAAUUCUACGAACUCUCUACAAUUAGUUCAUUGAAACGCAAAAUAUGAUGAUGGUUACCAAAAUAUCCUCUCUACUUCAGUUUUUCACUCUUUUAUAUCUCUUUACAGUUACUUUUGCUUCCACUGAGGAAACAACUGCCCUCUUUAAAUGGAAAGCGACUUUCAAGAACAAAAAUAAUUCCUUAUUGGCAUCAUGGACACCAAGUUCUGAUGCAUGCAGUGACUGGUAUGGAGUUAUAUGCAUUAAUGGUAGGGUAAACACGUUGAAUAUUACAAAUGCUAGUAUCAUUGGUACACUCUAUGCUUUUCCGUUUUCAUCCCUCCCUUUUCUCGAGUAUCUUAAUCUUAGCAGGAACAAUUUAUUUGGCACCAUCCCACCUGAGAUUGGUUAUCUAACUAAUCUUGUCUAUCUUGACUUGCAUAUCAAUCACAUUUCAGGCUCAAUCCCACCACAAAUCGGCUCACUAGUCAAACUUCAGAUCAUCCGCUUAUUUGACAAUCAUUUAACCGGUCCUAUUCCAGAAACAAUAGGUUACCUAAGGUCUCUUACUAAGCUAUCUUUGGGUAUUAACUCUCUUACUGGUUCUAUUCCUGCUUCAUUGGGAAACUUGACCAACUUGUCUUUUUUGUUUCUUCAUGUUAAUCACCUUUCUGGAUCCAUUCCUGAAGAAAUAGGUUACCUAAGGUCUCUUGCUCGUCUAGAUUUGAGGAAUAACUUUCUUAUUGGUUCUAUUCCUACUUCCCUUGGCAACUUGAAAAAUUUGCAAGUUCUGCUUCUCAAUGACAACAAUCUAAUUGAGGAAAUUCCUCCAUCUAUUUGCAAUUUGACAUCCCUGGCAAUCCUGUAUUUGUCGAGAAACAACUUGAAAGGAAAAAUUCUGCAAUGCUUAGGUAAUAUCAGUACCCUCCAGUUUGUGAUGAUGUCACAUAAUAAUCUCAGCGGAGAACUCCCUUUGUCUUUUUGCAAUCUAACAUCACUACAAGUUCUAAAUUUGGGUAGAAACAAUCUGAAGGGAGCAAUUCCACAAUGUUUUGGCAACAUGAGUGUUCAUCUUGAGAUUCUUGAUAUGCAGCACAACAAUCUUUCUGGUACUUUUCAAAGCACUUUUAGCAUUGGAAGAGCACUUAGAAGCUUCAAUUUGCAUGGCAAUAAGCUAGAGGGGAAAAUUCCACGAUCCUUGGCAAAUUGCCAACGAUUGGAAGUUCUUGAUUUAGGAGCUAAUCUCCUCAAUGACACAUUCCCGAUGUGGUUGGGGACUCUGCCAGAGCUACAAGUGUUAAGUUUGAGAUCCAACAAAUUGCAUGGACCCAUCAGAGCUUCAAGGUUCAUGAAGAACUUGUUUCCUAAGCUUCGAAUCAUAGACCUCGCUAGCAAUGCAUUUACUGCAGAGUUACCUGCAAAUCUUUUUCAAAAUUUCGAAGCCAUGAAGAGAGCUGAUCAAACUGUGGAGGAUUCAACUAAUAAAGAAGGCGGUUAUUACCAAGACUCCGUAGCUGUCGUAACAAAGGGAUUGGAGCUUGAAGUUGAUUCAAUCUUGUCUUUGUACAUCACUAUUGAUUUUUCAAAUAACAGAUUUGAAGGACGCAUUCCAAGUAUUAUGGGAGAUCUUAUUGCACUUCGCGUGUUGAAUUUAUCUCGUAAUGGAUUGCAAGGUCAUAUACCGCCAUCACUCGGAAAUUUAUCUUCAGUUGAAUCAUUGGACCUAUCAGCUAAUCAUCUCGAAGGGGAGAUACCUAAACAACUUACAUCUCUUACAUUUCUUGAAUUCUUGAAUCUCUCUCACAAUCAGCUCCAAGGAUGCAUCCCAACAGGACGCCAAUUUGAUACAUUCGAGAAGAACUCGUAUGAAGGUAAUGAUAAGUUACGUGGAUUUCCUAGUUUGGAAGGUUGUGGAAACAGCAGGUUUCCCAAGACAAACAACACGAUACAUGAGCUGGAACAAGAAAGUGCUUCUACAUUUCUGAGUGAACUCAACUGGAAAGUGGUUCUUAUGGGAUAUGUGUGUGGACUUAUUGUUGGAUUCUCCAUAACAUAUUUAAUGCUUUCAGCUCGAAAUCCCGAUUGGCUUUCUAGGAUUGCUGAAGAACUAGAAUACAGAAUCCUUAUGAGAGGGCGGAAGAAGCAGCGAGGAGUGAGAUUUGUGAAGCAUCCAAGGAUAAUGGGAGUUCACUUGCAAGAAGAAAUAAUUAUAGACAUCCUCAUCAAGUUACCUGUGCGGUCUCUUCUUCGAUUCAAAUGUGUCUCAAUGCUUUGGAUGACAUUGAUAUCGGAUCCUUACUUUACGAUGAAACAUUUCAAUUAUGGGAAGAAUAACCAACAUUCCCCCAAAAUUCUUGUUCUUAAUGGUGAGUUUCGCUCUCAUUGUUCUUCUUUAUCAACAGCUUUGUUAUCAUCGGUUCAAUUGGUUGAAGAUGUACAAAAACUUGAUUGGCCUUGUAAUCGUAGACCAUUGAGUUUCAGAAUGUAUUGUUGUUAUGAUGGCUUGGCUCUUAUCAAGGUUCGUGAUUAUCCUUGUUAUGAACGCCACAUACUUUUACUAUGGAACCCCUCUACGAGAGAAUCAGUAGUACUUCCUCGUACAGAAUUUUCAGUGAUAAGUGAUUAUGAUUGUGGAUUGGGAUAUGACUCAGUUAGUGGUGACUAUAAGAUUCUUAAGAUUGAUCAAAGAGCUCGUUCUGAAAUUCUCACACUAAAAAGUGGUUCGUGGAGAAAAAUUGAUAAACGUCCUAUUGGUGUUCACCCCGUGUUGUCUGAUAUGGAGGAUUCUUUAGCAUUUGUACAUGGAGCAUUUCAUUGGCUUGAUUCAUCACUAAAUAAUUCUUUGGUUUCAUUUAGUAUUUCAAAUGAGGUGUACAGAGAGAUACCGUGGCAAGAGGGAAUGUCCUUGGUUUUCCAUAGGCAUUACAUAAAAUAUGGCCUUUCUGUAUUGGAAGGAUUACUUUGUGUUUAUUCUACUCAUAUUUAUCGUGGGAUCUACACAUUCAAGUUAUCAGUAAUGAAAGACUACGGAAUCAAGGAAUCUUGGAUUCUACUGUUUGCUAUAAAAGGUACUGAUCUUCAUUCAAUCAUACCAAAAUACAAGUUUUCAGACGGUGAAGUGUUACUCCGUUGCAGACACGUGGAACGUAAAGGUGUUGUAUUGAAGACAUCCAAAGAAUCAUCUGGCUUAUGGCCUCAAUCUGAUUCAGAAUGUAUGCAGAACGGAUUCGUUUUUACAGAAAGCUUGAUCUCUCCAAAGUUAUUACUUACUUAG